UACUACAUUUCCCACAAUCCCCCUCACGCGGAAGCUGCGCAGCGCCAUUGGAGGAGUUAGUUAGUGCGAGCGGCGCCGCGGAGGAGAAAGACAACGACAGCGGACAAAACACACAAUGGCGACGGCAACGGCAGGCGGGACGGGCUCCGGCGGACCGGCCACCGGCCCGGUCGGCGGCGGCGGGGCAGCGGUGGGACGGAAGAAGGACGGCGGCCCGUCCACGAAAUUCUGGGAAAGUUCGGAGACGAUAUCCCAGAUGGAGACGGUGCGGCAGUGGAUCGGGAAACACUACAAGAAGUAUGUCCAGAAUGAUUCCCCCUCCAGUAAAUCCUUGGCGGGCCUGGUUGUCCAGCUGCUGCAGUUCCAGGAGGAUGCGUUUGGACGCAGAGUCAACAAUCCUGCUCUUACCAAGCUACCUGCAAAAUGUUUUCAGGAUUUCAAGGCAGGAGGUGCUCUCUGUCACAUCCUGGGGUCUGUCUACAAGUUCAAGAGUGAGCAGGGCUGGCGUCGAUUUGAUCUGCAGAAUCCUUCCCGGAUGGACAGGAACGUGGAAAUGUUCUUAAAUGUUGAGAAGAACUUGGUUCAGAAUAACUGCCUGACUCGACCCACUGUCUUCCUGUCGCCGGACAUCGAGCAGAAACAGGCCAGUAAGCUCAAAGACAUCAUCAAAAGGCACCAGGGCUCGAUUACUGACGAUAAAUCAAAGGCCACCCACCACAUUUACCCCUCACCAUCCCAACAAGACGAAGAGGAGUGGCUUCGGCCUGUGAUGAGGAAAGACAAGCAGGUGCUGGUGCACUGGGGUCUCUACCCAGACAGCUAUGAUACCUGGGUAUCAGCCAGCGAGGUGGAUGGUGACGUGGAGGAUCCUCCGAGCACUGACAGACCCUGGAAGGUUCACGCCAAGUGGGUUUUAGAGACAGACGCCUUCAACGAGUGGAUGAACGAAGAAGACUACGAGGUAGACGAGAACAAGAAACCAGUCAGCUUCCGCCAGAGGAUCUUCCCCAAAGAGGAGGAGUCUUCCCGUACACCCGAUCGCAAGGAGCGCAAAGCCAACUCUGCCGGCAAGAAGAGGAGGCGCUCGCCCUCACCGCCCAGUACUCCUGCUGAGUCUCGCAAGAAGGGAGGAAAGAAGGGGAAUCCCGGGCCUCACUGGAAGCGACGAGGCCACAGAGGCGAGGAGGAGGACACAGAGGAGGACAUGACCAAGGACUUAGACGACUCGUCGGCUGGUGCCAGCUUGGAGGAGGGCAGCGUGUCCAAAAAUGCAAGUUCAAAGAAAGACAGCGAAAAUACUCCGGUGAAAGGAGGGAAUGUGGCCGACUUGGAUGACAUGGAGGACGACUCUGUGCUGUCUGGUGGAAAGGUAAGAUGA